GGAAGUCCGCCAUUGAGAUAUUCUCUUGCUCGUAACCAACGUCUUACAACUCAAGAGUCCCUUGGAAAUAAGUCCUCGAGUGGCUGAUGUGCUCGAGUUACACAAAAGAAUGGGAAAAAGGCUACCUAGUGCCUUUAUUGAAAUCAGUGUGGUUGGGGGAAGGAUGAUGUGCAGUACUAGAGACGUUUUCCCAGUUUUGCAGAUUAAUGGGAUGGAAGAUGAAAUAAAAGACGUGACUGAAUUCUGGGGUGCAUUACUAAGAGCGUGGCCAGCAGAUCGAGGGAAGUGAUCCUCCCCCUCUACUCUGCUGUGGUGAGGCUGCAUUUAGACUGUUGUGUCCAGUUCUGGGCUCCCUGGUUGAAAAAAGACAAGGAUCUCCUAGAAGUCCAGCAGAGGGCCACAAAGAUGGUGAAGGGCCUGGAGCAUCUCCCUUGUGAGGAAGGGCUGAGUGCACUGGAUCUGUUCAGCCUGGGGAAAAGAAGACAGAGGGGGGAUCUGAUAAAUGUUUAGAAAUACCUGAAGGGAGGUUGGAGGCAAAUGGAUGAGGCGAGUCUCUUCUUGAUGGAGUGUAGCGAUAGGACAAGGACUAAUGGCCUAAAACUUGAACACAGGAAGUUCUGUACUAACACAUGGAAGCACUUCUUUAGGAGAGGGGUGACAGAGUAUGGAACAGAUUGCCCAGGGAGGUUGUGGAGUCUCCUUCAGUGGAGUUAUUCAAGACCCAGCUGGAUGCCUACUUGUGCCACGUGUUGUAGAGUACCUGCUUUAGCAGGGGGUUGGACUCCAUGAUCUCUUGAGAUCCCUUCCAAUCCCUGCAACUCUGUGGUUCUGUGAAAUUUAAAUAUAUUUAAUGUGGUUCUGUGAUAUUUAAAUAUAUUAAGGCCAUCACCACUGCCAGAUCUAGGCUAUUGAUGGAUAUUCUCAAAGCAUACUUUGAAGGAUUAACUAAAGAAAUAACCAGUGCUUCCAGAGCUGAUAAAAUAAUCUUAAGAUCUCAGAGCUGGCAUGCUAUUUGCACCUGUCAGCGUUGCUUGUGACUGCCUCUGGCUUCCCAAAUCAUCCUGAAAACAACAUUUCACUUAUAAUAUUUCCCCUCUAUGUGUGUGGAAAAAGUCCAGCAGAUGUGAUGAUGAGUAUAAGCUUUCUGUAAUGAGGAAAGAACACAGAGCGUAAUAGCAUUUUUUAAAGAAAGUAGUGAAUAAAUAAAAAGAUAUGCAGUAACAUGUUAAACCCAGAACAUACUGCGGGAAAAAAAAGUCACCAUUACAUCCCAGCGUUAUAGAGUUAAUUACUGUAGUGAGGAUGAUUACAAAAGUGGUGUAGACAGAAAUGCUGAGUUGCAGCCUGAAGCAGUGAUAGAGCACCUGGUGGGAAGGCAGGGCCAGACCAGGGGGGCUCAGGUGCAUGCAAUGUAUCUGGGUGAUGGAAAGGGUGGAGCCAGGAUCCACCCCUCCCCAGCCCUCAUUUAAGGGUUGGCAGGGGCAGGGGGAUGUUUUGCUGGAGGUCCCUGUGUAACAAGCCUUUUGAAGGUAAGUUCUUUCCUUUAUUUUUGUGCUGUUGUAUUUACACGAGUUGUUGCUUGUUGCAGUGUGGGAUUUUGCUGCUUUGCUGUUACUGCUGCCCUUUCCAUCGUGUUAGUGUUAAAUGUGGGGGAGAGUAGUCAUUCUUGCAAUUUAGAACUGUUCUGUGCUACUUGUCACUAGUGAUAACAGUAUGCGGACUGAAGAAAUACUUAAUUUUUUUAAAUGCCGUGAAGUUCGAACUUGUGCUCAUUAGCAUGGUGGUACUGAUUUUUGCUUGUAUUGUAUGUCUACUAGUGCCUGGUUUUAAAGGUUCAAAUGGGAGUAAGGUUCAGGACCAGGAAAUCAAAAGGUUUAUUUUUCGAUAGCAGUUGUGCGUGUAAGCCCUUCAGUUUCUGUUGGGGGUAGAAAAAAAACAAAGCACCACACAAUAAUAACUGUAUGUUGAAAGAGAACAGUUAUUUAUUUCCCCAUACCUAAAUUUGUAGAGCGCCAGAAUAGGCAUGAUACAACAGUGUUGUGAUUUCAGGGCACACAAAGAGCUUUCUGUUUUAUGUACAAUGAAAUGUGGAACAUGUACGUGUAAAGGCACUUGUCCCAGUCCAUGAAACAAAUGCUGCAUGCCACCAGCUUGAAUGCGCUUGAACUGCGAGUACUGACAUCAGAGCUGAAAGAGUAAUCUGCUUGUCCUAAUCCUUGGCCCUCUGCUCUGCCCUUAGAGCAACAUGCCUUAUGACAUCCAGAUUUUACUUUGCAAUGUGGAAAGUGGUUUUUCAUCUCUAGGAACACCAGAGAUCUCAGAGUGUACAAACACCAAAAUACUGGUAAAUCUCUCCAGGCUUUUCCACACCUGCUCACCUCAACUGAUAGGAAUGAUGCAAGUACAUGCUUCUCUCUUUCUUCUCUGUCACUUUGCUGAAAUUUACACUGAAAAAGUAUUCAUAAAUUUGACUGUAAUAGAAUAGCAAUAGCAGUAGAAAUCGCAUACAAAUAUCCAUAUUAUUCAUUGAUGAGGAGAGGGGGGGGAAAAAAAGCCCCAUUUCCCGAACCAGUGUGAGUUGGAAUAUGCAAAUUCACUGUACUUCAUAGGAAGCAUAGGAUAGAGGGCUCAGGAAGGCAGAUGUGAUGAUUUCACAACUGAGAGAACAGUAGGAUGUGUUUGUUACCACAGCAGGCCCUGAUUUCAUGUGGAUGCAGAGCUCAAGCUAAUUGCAUGCUCCUAAAGAUUACUGUUUAUCUAGAGACUGAUUUAAAGCCUGAUGAAAGCAAUGGCUAUCUACUCUGUUGUUAUGAAAUAGUCUGCCUUAAUUUUGAAUCCUUCUAAUGAUUGCUUCUUCCUUUUGUUAUUCUAAAGCUAACGUUUUGUAGUUUUGCACAAAUGCUAACACUUAAAGAUGACUAAAUAUAAUUUUUUCAUUGGAAAAAGUAAGCAGGGAGCUGCAUUGUACUGGUUCUAAUGUCAUACACAGGUGUUAAGAGUUUUCAUGAAGGACACAAUGCCAACCUGUCACCUUCCCUUCUACAAACCUGAAUCCCUUUUGUUACACAGAAUAUUUUACAGUUUUCUCAUAUGCUUUAAUUUUUGUGCCUGGUUUCUCAGUAGGUUCUUUGUGUUUGUUUUGAACUGUGUAUGUCAUUUCCAAAGGAGACAAGUGAUAACUUUCAUAGUUUUCAUCUUAGCUCAGCUGAGUGUGUAAGAGAAAACUGUAUAACUCCUCAACUACACUCAGUACAUGACAAAGUACUUGACGAUAUUUGAGAAACUGAAGGAAGAUAAUUACCUGUGUGACGAAUGGCUGGAAGUCUUCAGCAGUCCUGAUUUAAAUCGGGAGUGAAAAGCAUGGCAGAUGAGCAAGAGAUCAUGUGCAAACUCGAGAGCAUCAAGGAGAUCAGAAAUAAGACUUUGCAGAUGGAAAAAAUAAAGGCACGUCUAAAAGCAGAGUUUGAAGCCCUGGAGUCUGAGGAGAGGCACCUGAAAGAAUACAAACAAGAAAUGGACCUGCUGCUGCAAGAGAAGAUGGCGCAUGUGGAGGAGCUGCGUCUGAUCCACGCUGAUAUUAAUGUGAUGGAGAAUACUAUCAAGCAGUCUGAGAAUGAUCUCAAUAAACUCUUGGAAUCUACUCGUCGCCUGCAUGAGGAGUACAAACCCCUAAAGGAGCAUGUAGAUGCUCUGCGAAUGACACUGGGCUUGCAGAGGCUGCCAGACUUGUGUGAGGAAGAGGAGAAACUGUCCCUUGACUACUUUGAAAAGCAGAAAGCUGAAUGGCAGACAGAACCACAGGAGCCUCCCAUCCCAGAGUCUCUGGCUGCAGCUGCAGCAGCUGCCCAACAGCUGCAAGUGGCUAGGAAGCAAGAUACCAGACAGACAGCAACGUUUAGACAACAGCCACCUCCAAUGAAGGCCUGUUUAUCCUGUCACCAGCAAAUUCAUCGGAAUGCACCAAUAUGUCCACUCUGCAAGGCAAAAAGCCGAUCUCGGAAUCCCAAAAAGCCCAAAAGGAAACAGGAUGAAUGAAACGCAGAAAACUGCUGAGCAAAGUGUGACCUUUUCCAAUACCGUUUCGGUAGAACUGUAAAUGUGGCCAGACUUUACUGAAGUACAGACUCAAGUACGACCAACUCAUUGUUUUCUAUCAAUGCAAUGUAAGCACAAUGUUUCUGUUCUGUUUUGAUUUUGUUCUAGUCCUUAGGAUGUUUUAGGAAAAUAACUAUUAAUGGUGCUACAGUUUAAUGUUUCAAUCAUUCCAUUUUUUGGAUUCCUAAGCAAUAUAGAAUUCUUAUGUGAAUAUCCUAGAUGUCAGGCUAUGAUUAUUGGCCAAAUGCAAUUACUACAGAUACUUUCAUGUCCUGUUUUUCAUAGUCAUAGAAUGGCUUGGAUUGGAAGGCACUUAAAGGAUCAUGAAGCUCUAACCCCUCCCCCCUCUGCUGCAUGCAGGGCCACCAACCCUCCCCAUUUAAUACCAGACCAGGCUGCCCAGGGCCCCAUCCAACCUGGCCUUGAGCACCUCCAGGGAUGGGGCAUCCACAGCCUCUCUGGGCAGCUGUUCCAGCACCUCACCACCCUCAUAGUAAAGAACUUCCCCCUGACAUCCAACCUAAAUCUUCCCUCCAUCAACUUCAAACCAUUUCCCCUUGUCCUGCUAUUAUCUACCCAUUCAAAGAGUUGACUUCUAAAUUAGAUGUCACCAAAAGAUUAUUAAUUUUUCUCCUGAUAACAGGAGACCAUUUGAAAUGCAGAAAAAAUGGUUGGUUUCUUUUACUAAAGAACAAAUUGUUUUCCAAGCUAGUAAAAUUGCAUAGCCUCGGGUAUCAAAUGUUGUAAGUUUUUUUUUCCUUUUCCUUCUUUAAUUCAGGGGAAAAAAUGUUUAUACAAGAAAUCAGUGCAUUAAGGACACAAGUGAAUUUCGAUUUACUGAGUUUGACUGUACUUUCAGUCAAAUUUGGCUUAAGGUUUGGAAAAGGGAUCCAGUUAUAGGCUGUGUAUGAAUUACUGAAAAUGACAAGGUGUUAAAGCAUUGCAUGGGAUAAGGUGGUAUUACUUUAGCAGUCAGAAAACUGACUGAAAUGGAUACACCAGUGGUCCUUCUAGGAUCUGAGGUAAAUCCAAUGUGUCCACAGGCUGCAACAGUAGCCAUUCUGCACAGCUCUUGUUUCUGGAUUCUACAACAAAAAUCUCCUUUGUCAGGCAUAUCCUUGGCUGGAUUACAGGGAAGUUCAAUAACACGUACCAGGAGCAGUGCCAACUUAAAUCAUGCAGUUCAUCAGAACUGUUGUUUUUGGUGUUUUUUUUUUUUUUUUUUUUUUUUCCCCUAACCAAAACUUUGUAUUGUUACCUCUUUCAAUAAGCCAUUUUGAAAUUAGUUUUAUUUCAGUCCGUGUUUUCUACUUUCUCUGCAUGUGUACCAGAAGAAUGCUGACUGCAGGUUCCUGCAGACCCCUCCCUAUAUCUGUUUCAUCUCCUGUAACUGUUUCUCCCACUGGGAGCUUGGUAAUGACCCAACUAUGGAGCUGGGACUUCUGUCUUACCUUCCUAAUUCUAGUUUUGUCACCAACAUGGUUGUUCGUUGGUACUGUAUAUUCUUUUCACUAACUUCAGGAGACUUUUUUUUUUUUUUUUAGCACAAGUUUUCUUCUACUACUAUAUUAGUAUGGUGAUACUGGGAAAUUUGCUUGUUGAAGAAGAACAGUGAAGCCCUGUAGUCAAUGGGUCAGAACUGUACCAUAUGGUGGGGACUGUAUAAAUUCACAGAAAAUGAUUUUGCUGGCCAAGUCUCAUAUAUUGCCAUUAAUUUCCAAACUCUGCCAUGAAGUACACAAAUAUUUUACUGAACUGUAACUUAUAUACUAUAACCUCCUAUAAGUUAUGCCAAGAUCAGUCAGUUUUCUCACAUUUUAAUGUUUCAUAACCAAAUAAACAUCUGUAAGCAGGGCAGACAGAAUGUGGACUGUAUGCCACUGGAAAGAUGUCAGGAAUGAGUUCUGUAACCUCUGUUACCCAGAGUUGUUCUCUGGGAGUUAGUGAUAAAGGAGGAUGGCAUGACCUCAUGUUUUCUUUACCACACAGCAGUAGUGCCCCAACUCUCUAUCUUCAUGCAUAUUUCCUAACAUAAAUUGUGUUCUGGUUUUAAAUGCCAGAGAGACUGUAUGCUGUGUACCCUGCUCAGAGCAAUUCCUGCUUAGUUUAAAGGAAGAUAUACCCAGGGUUUAAGACUAGCGUAUGGAUUCCUUCAAUCUGCAUGCAUUAAAACAGCAUACUUUUUGUGAUAGAUAUUGUUAAAUUUAAGAACUAAUUGGAGAAUGAGUGAAUGGCUUGCAGUGAAGUAGUGUAUGUGUGUAUAGAAGUGUAGACUUUUAGAACAGAUUUACAGUCCUGAAAUAGAUGGGGGUUAGUCCUAGCUGUUCUUAUUUCACUGUUGCUAUGCCAAGUUCUUUAUUUCUUGGGGAUCUCUAGAGUUCUGGACUGAAGCAUGCUUAAGGAUGCACCAUCUCUUAAUUUUGUAUGACAGUUUAGUAUUGUUGCUUUUGUUUUAAACUAGUCUCUUGUGCCCUUGUGUUUGACAAGGUUUUAUUAUUUUAAAAAAGAAAAACGUGUAUGACAUACUGUAUUUCUAUUAAUCACAUUACUGUUUACAAAUCUGUUCGCACAUCUUUCCUGAAGUUCAGUCGUAUGACUAGUGAGUUUUUGUUGAGAAAGUCAAACUCUUCCUAUGAGACAAAAAUCCAUAUUAUAUAUUAAAGGGUCCUGGGGGCAGGGGGUUGGAGAAACGCGUUAUCUUUCUUAGGGAGCUAGUAAUCUGUCAUCUGACAGGCAGUUCUGAUUAAGGAAAACUGAAGAGCUCUUCUGGUGACAGCCUUCAUCGCAGGAGUCUUUCUUGAGAGACUUUGAGACGGUUAUGAAAAACUGAUUCCCUGAUCUGUCAGAGGAGGCAGCUAUCUGAAGAAUGGUUUUUAUUACAGAACUAUGGUAUUUGUGCUUUCUGAAGCAAAAAUGGCCUCUUCAUUUGUACCUAAAGUUCUUUCACUUUGCUUAGAUUCAUUCCUAUUCAGGUUAAAUUAACUUAAUAGCCGUAAAGAAACCCUUGCUACAUAUGCUGAGGGGCUGUUUAAGCCUUGAAUCCUUUAGAAGACUUUUAUAUUUCUAACCCAUGGUUUGACCCUGGUCGUUCCCUUUUCCUUGUAUAUGUACACAGGAUUUCCUGUGAUUGGUUCCUGGGGUCCUUCCUCAGUUUUUCAUCUGCCUUGUAUGGUAUAGUCCUGUUCUUCUGCAGCCAAAUGGCACGGAGUUAACAAGCAUCUCCCUAUUCCCGUCACCCAAUUUAAGCUCAUGCUAAAAGGAUGAAAGCAUUUUACUGUGUAAAAUGGCUUUACUAUUUAAAAAAAAAAAACAAACCCCAAAA